UUGGAAGAAAAGCUGGUGUGUUCUAUAGGAUAUCGGCGUCAACUCUCCAAACCAUCUUCAAAGUUUCACAUGAAGCCGCAUUAGAAUUUUAUUUUUGUACAGCAAUUGUCGCGCAACCACAUCCAAACAGCAACAAUGUCGACGGAAGCCAUGAGCAACACGCCAAAGUCUGCAAAGACGAAAAAGACAAAGGAAGAGAAAUCGGCAGCGAAAAAGCGACGACACGAACAAGAGGAUACCGAGCAAGAGACGACAGCAGACACCACAGUCGAGAGCCUACCAAAGCGCCCGCGCAUUCAAUCGCCAGUCGCGGAUGCAGACCCGACAGCAACAUCACCAUUCACCAAGCAAACCUCAUCCUUCUACCUCCCUCUCUCGCCAAUCUACCACGCCUUCCCCGUCGACGGCCUCUGCGCAGAGCACAUCUCUCCUCUGCUCCUCACCUACCACCCUCCUCUCCGCGGCGUCGUCCUCUCCUACAGCAACCCUCGCCUCUCCGCCUCUCCCUCAGACGUCCCUUCCUCGCGCGACGCACCCGACGCUUCACCAACCGUCCUCGCCAAAUCAAUCGACGAAUACGCAGUCUCCUUCGUCUGGCUGACGGUCGACUUCAUCCUCUUGCGCCCCACCCCCGGCGCCGUAAUCGAGGGCUACGUAUCCGUGCAAAACGAGAGCUAUCUCGGCCUGGUAUGCUGGAAUUUCUUCAACGCCGGUGUGGACAGAAAGAGAAUCCCUACCACGUGGAAGUGGGUGCCGAACCACAACGCUACCGCCGGCACCAAGAGCUCAACCGACUGGAUGAGAGGACUGCGCAACAAGAGCGACGAGAGCAGUGGCCAUUAUGUCGAUGCGGACGGUAAAAAGGUGGAAGGAUUGGUCAAAUUCACAGUCAAGGACUUUGAAUCGGCGCCGAGUACAGAGCGCGAGCGCGGCUUCCUCAGUAUCGAGGGUACGCUGUUGGAUCCUGAAGCGGACAAAGCAUAUGAUGCAGAACUCAAGGCCGCCAGAAAGGUGCCAAAGAAGAAGAGGGUUCCAGCUCUGCAUGUGUAAAGAAAGGGCAGUCACAAAUAAAAGGGUGCUGGGGUUUGCUUCUUUCCUUUCUUUUUUUUCCAUACAUGAGCGUUUCUUUGUAUCAAUCAUACCCAUCCUUCUGGAACACAUACUUUUGACAGCAUCCCCUUUAUGCACUGCCUAUGUACAUGGUGCUGCA